GGAACUGCCCGGGCCCAGCCCCCGCCCAGCUCUGCCCGGGGAGGGAACCCGGCAACCUGACAAGCAGAGCGAGGAGAGGAAAUUCCCCUGGAACCUGUUUCUCUGCUUUCUGGCCCCGGCUGGGGCACCCAACGGAGGGAGAGGCCAGGCCAAAGCCCCCCGGCCCACCAUGGCUCUGGCCCUGAGCCCACCACGGGCCCCCAAGCCCAAGGGUGUCCUGCCGUCUCACUACCACGAGAGCUUUCUGGAGAAGAAGGGACCCCAUGACCGGGAUUACAAGAAGUUCUGGGCAGGCCUCCAGGGUCUCACCAUCUAUUUCUACAAUAGCAAUCGGGACUUCCAGCACGUGGAAAAACUGGACCUGGGAGCUUUCGUGAAGCUCACUGAUGAGGCUCCCAGGGGGAACACCCACUUCACCCUGGUCCUCCGGAACCAAGAGAUCAAGUUCAAGGUGGACAGCCUGGAGUCUCGGGAGAUGUGGAAAGGAUUCAUCUUGACCGUGGUGGAGCUCCGUGUCCCGUCCAACCUGACCCUGCUGCCCGGGCACCGCUACAUGAUGGCCGAGGCCCUGGCCAGAGAGGAGGCGCGCCGCACGCUCGAGACGCCCUCGUGCUUCCUGAAGGUGAGCCGGCUGGAGGCGCAGCUGCUCCUGGAGCGCUACCCCGAGUGCGGGAACCUGCUGCUGCGGCCCAGCGGAGACGGCGCGGGCGGCGUGUCGGUCACCACGCGCCAGGUUCUCAACGGGGUGCCCGCGGUCCGGCACUACAAGGUAAAGCAUGAGGGACCCACGUACGUGAUCGACGUGGAGGAGCCGUUCCCCUGCGCCUCCCUCGAUGCAGUGGUCAACUACUUCGUGUCACGCACCAACAAGGCGCUGGUCCCCUUUCUGCUCGACGAGGACUACGAAAAGGUGCUAGGUUACGUGGAGGAGAAUAAAGAGAACGGCGAGAAUGUGUGGGUGGCGUCCCCGGCCCCGGCGGCCCCCGGCCCAGCAGGUCCAGCGCCUCCUGCCGGCGGCCCGAAGCCACCACUCCCUGUGUCCGCCCUGGUGUCCAACCAGGACAAGCCGCCCCCCCUGCCCCCUCUGCCCCCGCCACCGGUCCAGGAGGAGGACUACGUGAUCCCCAUCGGGGAGGCCCCAGCUGCCGACUACGAGAACGAGGACGUGCCUUCCCCGAGCCGGCGGGUCAUCCCAAAGCCCAGAAAGCCGGUGAAGUUUCAAGCAAAGGCUCCAAAGCCCCCCAUUAUGCCCAAGCCAGAACCCAAAGGUCCCAGCGGUGGCGUGGUCAGGAAGCCAGCAGUGAGCUCUGCCCAGGCCUUCUUCCCCUCCCCAGGGCUGGCAGAUGUAACUGCAGAGCUGGAGGAGAAGCUGCAGAGGAGGCGGGCGCUGGAGCACUGAAGUCAGACACGCAGGGGGACCGGCAGGCUACUAUUGACAAAGCAAGCCCAGCUGAGCCUUCUUUGCCAGGAUUAAAGCUCAGUGACUUGGGGCUCAA